UCAAAAGAUCAAAAAUAAAAUCUGUCUGUGAAUUAGGUACAUAUUGAACCGAAAAGAAAAAAUAGCAAAAUUUGCAGAUUUGUACUCGCAUAGAUAAUAUUCAUAGAAUUCUAAAACACACAAAAAUAUGUCGAAUUAUUUAAGAUUUAAUAACAUAUUUAUCCAAAAAUUAUAUCGAGCAUUUAGCUCCACUUCUGUUAUGGAACUAAAAGCCUGGCGUGUUUCCCAAGGCCUGCCUGCAAAUCGCAACGCUGAAGGCGUACUGACUGAUGGGCCUGAUUACACUUUCUUGGACGGAAGACCUACACCUCUUUUACACAAGCAAAAGAAAAGGAUGUUGAAACAAAGAGAUUUUGCAUCCAAAAUAGUGCAGUUAAAUUCAGAACUCGAUUUUGCCAAGGACCGCUAUCAGAACAUGGUGCAGAGUGAUGCAGCAGAGAGGCAGAGGAUCAUAGACAAUAGACUAAAGCCAAAAGGAAGAGCUUUGAAUAAGAAAAGUUAAUAAUAUACCUAAUGUAGAUUUUUAAUUUAGGGUUUUAGUUGUAAAUAAAUUGUAUCUUGUUA